UAUUUCGAAAUAAAUAUAGAUGACAUGUAAAAUAGAAUUGUAUUUGGCGCAAAAGUCUUUGGGAUACGUGGAGUGAACCCCGUGGCGCGUUGUUGUGAUCUAACAUGGCGGAACGUAGUGUUGUGGCUGUUAGAUGUCUAUGUCAAUUUUAGAGUGAUUUCGGAGUAAUAAUACAAAAGCACGGCGAUGAUCCGUAGUUACAGCGUUGAAAGUAUUCGUGUUAGAUAAUCGUGUGAUUGGUAAUAUUUAGGUUGUAAGUGAGCAGGGUGUUGUUCUACAUCGGUUUUCCUCGCCGCGGGAAUAGAACACAGGCGGCAAGAGCGCACACAGGGCUUCGGCUUUUUUAGCAGAACAUUACCUUCCGACCUUUCACGACUACGAGCUUAUUUCAAUGAAUUACUUGAAAUAGGCUUGACGCUUUGUAGGUUUACGUGACUGUGACACGUGCACGGAAGAGCGUGUACUACGCUAACUUUUCCCGCGCGUCCCAAAAGCUUUACUGUUGGCGCAGGUAUCAAGCUUAUGCAACUGACGAGCUUAUAAACAUCUAACAACGGUAAACAAUCUCAUUGUUUCGAGCAUAUACGUCGAAAUAAAAGGUACUUCCAUACGUCGAAUUUCAUUUCUUUAAUAAUAUCAACAGAUUUGAUUAUCGUGCCGUUUAUUAAUAUCGUCGUCAUCGUCGUCGUCAUCGUUUAAAUCUAUCAAUGAAAUAGCUAUUCUUCAUCUAUUAUUUGUGCAGAGAGACACCAAGAGGAUUAAUUCGUCAUUUUGGAUAUACCUAAACAAUUGUUAUUUAUUAUUAAUACCAAUCUAAGUGCAUAUACAUAGAUACACUCAUGGUGAUAUAUGAGUAUUUUAUACUCACUCCUAAUAUUGUAGUUUCUUCGAGACUGACCAAGGAAAUCAUUGAAUUUAGAUGAAUGAGUGGUUAUUCAGAAAAACUUUUUUCUAAUAAGUUAAGACUUCUGACUCUGCUGCUGCUACUGCUGUUACUGUUAUUACAACAACAACAACAUCAACAUCAACAUCAACAACAAGUACAACCGUUCGGCAUUGUGCUAUACCUUAGUGGAUUAUGAGAGAAAUAAUAAAAGUUUGGUAGAUAGAGGAAUUUUUGUGCGUGCAUUUAUUAUUUAAUUGAAAAUUUUGUAAGGAUAGAUAGAACGAAAAGAAAGAGUUGGAAGGAUUAUCUUAAACUUCUAAGGCAUGCGAGCUGGUUGGUGAUAAUACAUUAAAUAAUAAUAAAAAAAAGAAAGUAGCAGCAACUACGCAAGAUAUUUUUGGAAACAUGACGGAUACACGCAGAAGAGUUAAGCUUUAUGCGCUUAAUGCUGACAGACAAUGGGAUGAUCGUGGAACGGGUCAUGUUUCUUCUUCCUAUGUAGAUAGAUUAAAAGGAAUAUCGCUUUUGGUUAGAGCCGAAAGCGAUGGGACUGUCUUGUUGGAAAGUAAAAUACAUCCAGAUACGGCAUAUCAGAAGCAGCAAGAUACCUUAAUAGUAUGGUCGGAGGGUGAUAAUUUUGACCUGGCCUUAAGUUUUCAAGAAAAGGCUGGUUGUGAUGAAAUAUGGGAAAAAAUAUGUCAAGUUCAAGGCAAAGAUCCAUCAGUUGAAAUAACUCAAGAUAUUGUCGAAGAAUCGGAAGAUGAACGCUUCGAUGAUAUGUCAGAUGCCGCACCGCCCAUAGAAUUGCCUCCGUGCGAAUUAAGUCGAUUAGAAGACAUUAAUGAAUUAAUAGGAAAUUGUUUGGCUUCUCCCAUGAGAAAGGAAAAACUUGCAGUGGCAUUGGAGUCUGAAGCGUACAUCAAGAAACUUUUAAAUUUGUUCCAUACUUGCGAGGACUUAGAAAAUAUCGAAGGAUUACAUCAUCUUUAUGAUAUAUUUAAAAAUAUUUUCUUACUUAACAAGAAUGCAUUGUUCGAAGUGAUGUUCAGCGACGAUACAAUUUUUGAUGUUGUUGGAUGUCUGGAAUACGAACCAACAUUGCCUCAACCAAAAAGACAUAGAGAAUAUCUUCGACAAUUAGCAAGAUUUAAACAAGCAAUUCCAAUAACAAAUGCUGAAUUAUUAGCUAAAAUUCAUCAAACGUAUAGAGUUCAAUAUAUACAAGAUGUUGUUUUACCUACUCCUAGUGUAUUCGAAGACAACAUGCUUAGUACAUUGAGUAGUUUUAUAUUUUUUAACAAAGUUGAAAUAGUAACUCUCAUCCAAGACGACGAAAAAUUUCUUACCGAAUUAUUUCGUCAGUUUACGGAUGAAUCUACAUCGGACAAUAAAAGACGUGAUAUGGUACUUUUCUUAAAAGAGUUUUGCAAUUUUUCUCAAAAUCUUCAACCACAAGGCAAGGAAUCAUUUUAUAAAAAUUUAACGGCAUUGGGUAUAUUACCUGCCUUGGAAAUUACAUUGGCAAUAAAUGAUCCGCAAACAAAAACUGCGAGCAUUGACAUAUUGACGUAUAUCGUGGAAUAUUCCCCUAGUGUUGUUAGAGACUAUACAUUGCAGCAGAUAAAUAAUACAGAUCAGGACCAAAUGUUAGUCAAUGUAAUAGUCGCUCAACUAGUCGGGGAUAGCGAUCCUGAAUUGGGUGGAGCAGUACAGUUAGCUGGUGUCUUACGUCUACUUCUUGAUCCAGAAAAUAUGUUGGCUUCAGUCAACAAAUCAGAAAAGACUGAUUUCUUGAAUUAUUUCUAUAAAAAUAGUAUUGGAACACUGAUAGCUCCUUUAUUAGCUAAUACAAUUGGCGAAAGACCGGCAAGAGAAGAUUACAGAACAGUGCAACUUUUAGGCCUGAUAUUAGAGUUAUUAUCAUUUUGUGUAGAACAUCAUACAUACCACAUUAAAAAUUGCAUUUUAAAUAAGGAUUUACUUAGAAAAAUAUUGGUUUUAAUGAAGUCAACGCAUACGUUCUUAGUAUUGUGCGCAUUAAGGUUUAUGAGAAAAAUUAUAGCUUUGAAAGAUGAAUUUUAUAAUAGGUAUAUAGUAAAAGGAAAUUUAUUUGCACCUGUAUUUGAUGCAUUUGUAAGGAAUAACGGUAGAUACAAUUUAUUAGAUUCUGCUAUCUUGGAAAUGUUUGAAUUUAUUAAAUUGGAAGACAUCAAAUCGCUUUGUAUGCACGUUGUAGAAAAGUUUUCUAAAGAACUAGAUGCAAUUGACUAUGUACAAACGUUUAAAGUAUUGAAAUUGAAAUAUGAUCAACAACCGGAUACUAAAGUUAUAAAGGAACACGAAGGUAGCAGAACAACGGUCGACAGCGUUCCGUCAAUAUUAAGAAACAGCCGAUAUCGGAGAGAUCAGAGACAGUUAGACGAAGAAGAAGAAAUGUGGUUUAGAGAGGAAGAAGAUUUUGAUGAGGGAGAAGCAGUGGUACCUGCAGCCACUGCAGAUUUGGUACCACCUGCUUCGGCUAAGAAACAAUCUUCAUCUUCUAAUUCUGCCCUCGGGUCUUCCCUUGCAGAAUCGAAAAAUCAUCAACAACAACAGCAACAACAAUCUGUGUUAAAUAAUAAUACAGCAAAUAAUAAUAUAACUCCUCAGCAAACUCAAGUAAACAACAGUACAUCAACAACGAAUGAAACUCCAGUUACACCUGAGAUUACUCCUAGUUCUACCAUUGGUACUGUAGAAAAGGCAGGAAUUAUUAUUAGAAAGGGAUUGGUUGAUUAUGAAGAAGAUUCUGACGAAGAAGAUGAGGAUUCUGGAUUAAGUCCUUCCCCAAAACGACAACGGUUGUCGUGGUAGAUGUACUGGGAAUAUAUUAAAAGAAUGUGCGAUUUCCAAAGUUUAUAGUCAAAUAUGGCCCUCAUUAUGUGCACAAAAAGUUGAUCGAAAAGGUUAUACAAUCUAUUAAUUUACAGUAAGAAAAGAGUACUGAUUGUACUGUAUUCGCUGAUCUGAGUGAUAGACGCAAUGAAUAAGUGCUUUGUUAAAACAUACAACGCGUGAUGAACUUUUACAUAUUUUUUUUCUUUCUUUAAUUGUGUAUAUUAAACAAAGAGAUGAAUGUGUGAGAAGACAGUGAUUGGGAAAUAAUGUAGAAACAAAAAUAAUAAUAAUAAAAAAAACAAAUAAUUAAAUAAAGGAAUAAACGUAUUGGACAACAGGAUUGACAGGACAAGAAAGUGAAGGUAAAACUGAAAAAUAAUUGUAUUAUUAUAUUGCCGAAAAUAUCAGGAGCGUUUACUCAUUAAUUUAACUGAAUUUCAAAAUGGAUUAAUGAUGAUUUAUUCCAAUUAAAUGCAAAUCUGUUAAGUAGGGAUACAUUUUCUCAGAUGAUAAGGUGAAAUAUUCUCAACCUCGUGAAUUCUCUAGACAUUGGUGUCUCAAUAAUACACUUGAGUCUAGAUUAAUAAAUCUAUAAACUGUGACUAUAAUAUUGACAUGUACGAGUUCAUUGGAAAACAGGAACUUACUACAAGUCGUGUAAAGAACCAUUUUCGGAUGUUUAAGUACAUGAUCUACAAACCGCACAAAAACAGUUUGUGUCUUUGCCAUCCACGGUUUAAAAUUAGUGGUACGAGCGAUUGAAAUCUGUUUUUGCUAGGGUCAGGAAGCCACGAAUCUUUAUCCAACUACGGAAAUAAUAUUUAGUUUGUAUAUAUAUGUAUAUUUGUAACGAUUGUAAAACGACCACAUACUUGGAUUAAGCAGAAAAUAUGCGACUACUUCACAAUCUCAGUUUCCUUCAAGAUACAUUUGAAGACUUUUUUGGUUAUCAAUGUAAGUAGUAGAAGUUGUACAAUAAAUAUUUGAUUUAUGUAUAUUUAUCAGUUUGCACUUCAUGCCCGUAUAGUAAUCCUCGAUAUAAAAAAGAAGUUAAAAUAUUUAACAAAAUCUUGGAUAUAUAAUUAAGAAGUCUAGUAUAGUAUCUUUUGUACACACACACAAAAAAAACAAUAAAUCAUUUUUUUUCUUUUCUAAUGACAAGGGCAAAAUGAGAAGCCUGGAAUAAUCUUUGUGCACUGAGAAAAAAAAAGAACAAGAAAGAAAGAAUGUCUUAUUUAUAAAAAAUAUUCAUAUCUACUUACAUUAUGUUAUGUAGUAGAGCCGUGAGAUGAGAAUAAUCUCGGAUACUGCAAUGUGUAAUCUUAAUUUGUCAUAAAAAUUGAGAUUCUGUACGAUCAUGAGAAUAACAGGAAAAACGCCAGCUCCAGAAAAGAGUGUCUACUUUUCUAGUUUAAAUCCGUAAUUUUUAAAACAUAGUUAAGAUCUAUAGCGAAGAUGAAUCUAUUACUUUUGACUAAAAUCAUUUAAACUAGAGCAGGCCUUAUAUACAGUGACCAAUUUGAAAAUAAAUUAUUGCCUUACCGAUUGAGUUGACUUUAUAAAAAAGAAAAGAAAAACAAACAAACGAAGAGUAUUAUAAGCUAAUGUACAGAGUUUUCAAUACGUCUAACAUAAAUGAAUUUCCAAGACUGUUGUAUAAUUGUAAGUAUGAAUGUUGAAAUUUUUGUGAUGUCGUAAGAGCAUAUACAUAUGCACAUAUAUAAUUGACAAACUUUAACCGACAGGCGCAUAUAUUAACUUAUGAUACUACAAAAGGAAGGUGAUAGCGAAGUUAAUUCGUUCAUCGAGAUUAGUAAUAUUGUGAAUAAUAAAUUCAAGUAGGCAAAUUCGCUGGAGCUGAGUAAAAUGUGUGUAUAUAUAUAAAAUGUUGUUAAUUCUGAAAUGACCACAGAAAAUAAAAUAAUGUAACUGAAAAUACAUAUAUUAAUUAGAUAGUUAAGAUAACAACAGAAUAUUGAGUAAUGUAUUUCCGUGUGUUUUGCAUAUAUUCACAAUUUAUUCCGUAAAUAAGGAAGAGAAUAUUCUUAGAGGCAUAGAUUAUGCUACAUUUGGGUGCGGCGAAUGUAAGUAAAUUAAUAAACGGAUGAAUUUAAUACCUAAGUGAUACUAAAGUAAAGAUGCAAUCAUAUGCUAUUUAAAUUAUACUCAAUGUAUUUUUGUACAGAGUGUGUUUAAGGCUUUGUCGCUAUCAUUUUCCAUUAUUUUUUUAAUAUGCUUCCACAUCAUGAACAGUCGAAAUAUAUUAUGCGUUUAUAGCAUAAUGUUUCUACUUAAUAGUUUCAUAUACAUUUUUUUUCUUUAUUCUACUAUACUCUUUAAGAAUAAUCUUAAUUGAGAGUAUAUAUAUAUUUAUAGAAAGAUACGCAAUAGAUAGAAAAGAGCAAAGGGGAAUAAAGGGGGAUGUCAAAUUCCUAUACUUUUUUUAGGAAGAAUUUAUCGUUAGACCGUCUUAAGUUCCAAUAUUUUAUUUUUUAUUUCAUCAUAUGUUAACUAAUUCAUUUCAAAGAGAGCGAAGAUAAAAAUAGAACUAAAGAAUUAAUAAUAAAAUUUAAAAAAAAAAGGAAAAAAAAAGAAAGAAAGGAAGAAAUACAUGAACAAAAAAAAAUAUUCGUAGAUUGUGAUCUACGAAAAAAGUCACCAAAUUUUAAUCAUAUCGUAAAACGUUACGCAAGACAUCCGUUAGAAGAAUUAAGUUGUAAAUAUGUGAAGAAAAAAAAAAGAAAGAAAAAAAGCAGCACCUUUCAGGAGUACUCUUGAAAAUUUUCAUUUAAAGUCGAGAAAUCUAAAAAAAAAAAAGAAAGAAAAAAAAAGAAUAUAUUGUCCGGCUGUUUGUUACCAAAAUUGUUGUAUUCAAUAUUACACAAAUCAUCACAUUGAUGUAACAUUUAUCAAAGAACGGAAGUUUUGCACAUUGUACAAUUACCACGUGCUAAUAAUAAUAAUAAUAAUAAUAAUAAUAAUAUUGAUAUUAAAUAUUAAAGAUAACGACGUACGUUUUACAUUUAAAAUACCAGCGAAAUGUGACAUAUAUCAUUUUUAUUUUUCAUUUUUUUUCUCUCUCUAACAUGUACCCAAGUAGAAAAUAAAAUACACAGACAGACAGUCACGUAUACACAUACCACACAUAAUAAAGAGACAGAGAAGAUUUUUUAUAAGAAAAUCCUGUUCACGAAUUCUGUAAGCUAAUACGAACGAUUAUAUGAAAGAAAAUGAAUGUGUAUUUACGACGAUAAAAUAUGUGAAUGGACUAUAAACGAAAGAUCAUAUUUUGCAUUUUAUUCUGUCGGUGAAUGAAUGAUGCGAUGAGAUUAAAUUAAACUAAGCCGAAUAUUAAAUUACACAGGCAGAAUAAGUAGCAUAUAACAAGCAACGUUGUAAAAAAGACAAACAUAUAUUUAAAAAACAAAACAACAAAUUUAAUGCAACAGGUAUAUUUGGAUUAUCAAACGAAAGAGAGAGUAUCUUAUAAGAGUCGAUUAAUUCGAAUUUACGUAUAUCUUAUUUAAUGAAUCAUUAAAUAAAGAAAUGUUGAUCGACUUUUAAAAGAAUUUACAAUAAUUUAUUUUUAACGUUUAAUCAGAGUGUAAUUUUUAACGUUAUUGCUUUGCGUGAUAUAUGAUUUUCGUUAGACGUUAGCAUUGUUCUCAUUUUUGUAACAUUAUCAUAUCUUUUUCGUUUCUUUUUUUGAUUCUUUGUUUUUUCUUUUUUAUUUUUAAUUAUUGUCAAUAUACUUUAAAAAUCUAAUUUACAUCGUGUUAUAUGUGUAAUUAAUGUGUACAUAUUGUUAUGAUAAUAAUAAUUACAAGAUUACACAUUAAAAUACUUAUUGCUUGUUUAUUGCUACAAAAAUCUGUCUUUAUUAAAUAUUAAAUUUGGUCACAUAAAAAGAGGCGAAAAUGAACGAACGACUGAAACCCAAAAUAUGUCUGGUGUAGAAGUGCGAACAAUAUUUAAUUAAAUAAAAUUUAAAUUUAGAUGAAA